AUGGGGCAACAUGAUCGCAGAGAUGGCUACCCCCGGAGCAAGCCAUCUCCUUCUACUGGAGCCGCUCAUAAGGAUAGUGAUACUGCAGGUUCAUGA